AAGAAGACGCAAUGCAAUGAAAACAGUGCCAGUCAAACCUAGGAAAAAUAGAAUAAUGGCAUUUAUUUCGUUUGUUUCGUGUAUUAAUUUGAAGUUUACAGUCUCCACUUAUCUGAUGUCUGCCGCCAUUUUUCAUCUCUUCAAUGAAUCGGAAGUAGGCUAGAUCAUGAUUAAUUGGCUAGCUUUUUCGUAUUUGCCUUUAUCGAUCUAACUUUUCCUUUCAGGUUUUUCUUUAUGCGCAAAUUGAAAAUGAGCAUUAAAAACAUUGUUUGGUUGAUGCAAACGCACCUAGCAUGUGUCAAAUCAAUUAGCUGCUGCUGUUCACACCCGCCGCUGCUAGUGUGGAAAAGAGAUCACCAGUUGAGUAUGUACUCCAGUUAUUAGCCAGUGUCUGUUGCAGUUUGAUUUCAUCUCUCUGAGUGCCUUUAGCAGUACCUGCCAUGCUCUUUUGGACAGAUUUCUGGAGGAGAACCUCUCAGAUCAGCUGUUUCCUCAUCAUCUGGACAGCCAAAUUACCUCCUGUGAUUUUGAGUCACUGUGCCACUGGACUUUAUCAAAUCACAGUGACCAAAGGGACUGGUCAGUGGUGUCGCCACAGCAACCAGAAAGCGCUCAGGCAGGGAUGAUGCCCGUGGCUGAUCACUCAGUGGGAAGCUCUGAUGGGCACUUCCUUCUCCUAAACUUCUUCCCUGCUGCUGAGGCCUCUGGGAGAUGCGAGUACCACCUAACCAGCCCAGUCUUACCAGGAAAUGAGAGGCACUGCAUCUUGCAGGUGGCUCUGUUUGAGUCUGGUCCAGCGGUGGGGAAUCUCACGCUCCUGAUCAAGCCAGUCCACUCAAGUUCAGCUGUUCACUCUGAGGUUCUCAACCACAGGAGACGUGAUGACCGCAGGGCUGAGUGGGAGGUUCUGGAGACUGUGAUUGGUCAGGUGGACGAGCCCUUUCAGGUGAUCCUGCUCUACACUUCCUGUUUGGGAGAAGAUGGAGCCACGGUGGCUCUGGACUCUCUGGAGCUCAUAGACUGUGCAUCAGAACACCAGGUCAUCGGGCUGGAUGCGGCUUGUGGGGAAUCUUUCCACUGUGAAAACUCAGGAGGCUGUAUUGACCAGAGCCAAGUGUGCAACUUCCACACCGACUGUCCUUUAGGAGAGGACGAGGGCUUCAUCUGUGGUGCUCUUCCAUUUGGCUCUCACUGUUCGUUUGAACAGGAUGCAUGUGGGUGGUCCGUGUCCAACCAGCACUUGGCCUGGAGAAGAGUCGCUGGAGGCAAACUUCUGGAGAAAGAAGACAUGCAGGGUGUCACUCUGCAGAGUACACCAGGGCACUUUCUGUUCCUGCAGGUCAGAGAGAGUAAUUCCCUUCGAGAGGCGUCCAUUCAGAGCUCCUCUUUCCCUCCCCCUGUCACUACUACUGUCUGCCAGAUGCGUUUCUCUCUGUACCUGUAUGGGGACUUUAAUGGUUCAUUGCUGGUGGCUAUAGAGGAGAAUGGGUCCGCCACCACACCAUUGGUCUGGGAGAGAAAUGAUCAGUGGACAGAUGACUGGGAAGAUGUUGCCCUGCAGCUGACUGGCCUUAAUCAUGGGUUCCACGUUAAGGUGACUGCUGUGUGGGGAAAAGGCUCCAAUGCUGAUGUCGCUCUCGAUGACAUUGCAAUUGGAGCAGCCUGCUUCGACACAGAUCUGAACUCUCUCCUGCCAAUGGUGGACUUAGAGGAUUUCUUAAGCCCCCUUCCAGAGCCUUCAUUCUCAGAGGUUUCUUUGAUGACGUGGUGGUUUAACUCAUGUGGUGCCAGUGGCCCCCGCGGCCCGACCCAGGCCCAGUGUGACAGUACCUACAGGAACAAAAAUGUCAGCGUCACUGUGGGGAGGGAAGACCCCUUGAAAGGAGUCCAAAUGUGGAGGGUACCUGCUACAAACAGAUAUCUGAUCUCUGCUUAUGGGGCUGCAGGAGGGAAAGGAGCCAAAAACCACAACAAACGCAACCACGGGGUCUUCAUAUCUGCCAUAUUUCCUCUGGAGAAAGGAGAUUUACUUUACAUCUUGGUGGGCCACCAGGGAGAGGAUGCUUGCCCGGGGAGAAAUCCCCACACCCAGAGGAUAUGCCUGGGAGAGUCGUCGGUGAUUGAAGACAACCUCAGAGGAGAGGCUGGUGCGGAGUGGGCUGGGGGAGGAGGCGGAGGAGGGGGAGCCACCUACGUCUUUAAGAUGGAGGGAGGUGAGCUAGUUCCCUUGUUGAUUGCGGCUGGCGGAGGAGGAAAUGCCUACCUGGAGGACCCAGAGUCCAGUCUGGACCAGAUACCACUGGAGCAGUAUGAAAACAGUACCAUAGCUGCCAGUACUAACGGUCAAACUGGUGCUGCAGGUGGAGGUGGAGGCUGGAACGAAAGUCCCAGUCCUCACGUGAGGGCGGGAAAGUCUCUGGUGGAGGGUGGUGAAGGGGGGUCCUCGUGUCCCCUGGCCCUGUCCAAGCUCAGCUGGUCCACCUUUGGGGGAUUUGGAGGUGGAGGUGGGGCCUGCACAGCUGGAGGCGGCGGAGGAGGUUACAGAGGAGGUGACGCUGCGCCGACAGAUGAGAUCACAGCCGACGGUCACAAUGGAAUCUCAUUCAUUCAUCCGAUGGGAGAGAUUUUCCUUCAGCCUCUGGCAGCCAUGGAGAGUCACGGCGAGUGUGAGAUCAAGGUGCAGCUGAACUGCAGCCACUGUCAAACGCAGAGCUGCAAACGAGAUGAAGAUACUCCCCUCAUCCUCUGUCUCUGCGACGACGAUGAAGUCCUGGCCAGCGACAACGUCACAUGUGUCGGCACCAUAGCAACUCUUCAAGGCCCGGCUCUGCACAGCCAGAUGUCAACAUCUUUGAUCCUGGCAGUCGUGGUCUCCACCAUCGCGAGCGGUAUCGCACUGAUCUGCACUGGCGUCAUCCUCAUGUGGUACCGCAGGAAGAACAACCUGUACGCAGUGAGGGGGCGUCUGCAGAGUCCAGAGUACAAGCUGAGCAAGAUCCGCUCCUCCACCAUCAUGACCGACUACAAUCCCAACUACUGCUUUGCAGGGAAGGCCGCCUCACUCAACGAACUGAAGGAAGUACCGCGCAAGAACAUAACACUUCUCAGGGCUCUUGGCCAUGGUGCAUUUGGUGAAGUCUAUGAAGGACAAGUUCUGGGGAUUAGCAGUGAUAACGGCCCCAUGCAGGUGGCCAUAAAGACUCUUCCAGAAAUCUGCUCCGAACAGGAUGAAAUGGAUUUCCUGAUGGAGGCCCUGAUUAUGAGCAAAUUCAGCCACGACAACAUUGUGCGCUGCAUCGGUGUCAGUCUGAACAUCCUGCCACGUUUCAUCCUGCUAGAGCUGAUGACCGGAGGAGACAUGAAGAGCUUCCUGAGACAGAACAGGCCACGAGCUGGCCAGACCUCUUCUCUCACCAUGCAAGAGCUGCUGCAGAUGGCCCGAGACAUCGCCUUCGGCUGUCACUACCUGGAGGAGAACCACUUCAUACACAGAGACAUUGCUGCUCGAAAUUGCCUGCUUACCUGCCCUGGACCAGACCGAGUGGCCAAAAUUGGAGACUUUGGCAUGGCACGAGACAUAUACAGAGCAAGUUAUUACAGGAAAGGUGGUCGUGCUAUGCUGCCAGUCAAAUGGAUGCCACCGGAGGCCUUCAUGGAGGGAAUCUUCACCUGCAAGACUGAUACAUGGUCAUUUGGAGUGCUGCUGUGGGAGAUCAUCUCUCUGGGUUACAUGCCGUAUCCCUGUAAAACCAACCAAGAGGUGCUGGAGUUUGUCACCAGUGGAGGCAGGAUGGAUCCUCCCAAGAGCUGUCCGGGGCCUGUCUAUCGGAUCAUGACCCAGUGCUGGCAGCACUGUCCCGAGCACCGGCCUAACUUCUCUACUAUCUUGGAGAGAAUUAACUACUGCUCUCAGGACCCAGAUGUGAUCAACACACCCCUACCAUUUGAAUAUACCCCCACCACAGAGGACGAUGGUGGCACAAUAAACCGUGCCUCUGACCACACCUCCACCAGCCUCACUCCACUCCUGGUGUCCCAUCCUGUUUCCCAGGCUUCCUCCCCACAGCUGGGUCACUCCUCUCUGGGCCUGGGUCCAACCCCUCUUUCCCCACAGCCUACCAAACCCUGUCUACUCCUCCAGAGGACCCAACCUGUCCACCAUGAAGUGACAUCAUGUCGUGAGGCUCUGGAGCCGUCCUGGGCUGAGCCUGUUCCUGCCCCUGGUUUUUCAGCUGGAGGCCACUGGCUCCAUCCUGAGACUCCUCAUCACCGACCUUGCUCCAGAAACAGCUCCUCCUCAGGGAGCCAGAGGCUGAAGAACAAGACGAAGAACCUGUGGAACCCCACAUACGGUUCCUGGGUUUUGGAAAGUUUCCGGGGGAAAAAAACACUUGCCCACACUCAGUCCGUGCCACUCUCAAGCUCCACUUCCUCCACCUCCAACACGCAGGCUCCUCAGACCUGCAACCCAGCCUUAGAGAGCAACGAGGCUGGGUGCGACAGCACCAACAGCAUCCACCUUAGCCCUUCCUCAUCUCCAUCUCCGUCCUGCCAGGCUCAAGCUGCCUCAAGCACGUCCUCCCAUAAGACCCCAGCAGGUGGCACCACAAAAGCUGGUGUGGACCUGGCUAAGCUCCAGAGUUUUCCCUGUGGCAACGUCAACUAUGCCUACGAUGAGCAAAGCUACGAGGCUGAGAGCCUACCCCUGGUUAAGCCCAAAGCCCCAGAAGCCAUCACAAACACCAGCUCUGCCCCCAGUGUCUCCUCAGGGACAAGCUUGGGACUGGCAUUAGGCCUCCAUACCAACUCAUCUUGUAUGCCGAAGCUGCUGCUGAAGCGCCACGCCAGCUACGGACAUGAGGACGUGAGGAGACACACCAAAGCUGAGAAACCCACACGUGACCGAGACUCAGGCUUUUCUCUGUCUGAAGACCUCAGCGUUACCCCUAUCUAAGAAACGGCGUACUGUAACAGGGAUUUUGAUUGAUAUAAAAUUGAAAUGUCACCUGGAACCCCUUUCCUCACAACCUUAGACUGGAGUUCUGGAUUUCCAGAAGAAAAAGCAUGAGGGCUCUGUCACGGUCUGAGAGCCACAAAAUCAAAUUGUUAGAGUUUAAUGCUGGAAAACACAAACACUCCUCCGCACUGUAAUACAGAGAGCCACCGCUGGACUCCAAGCUCUUUCUUGGACCUCUGGUACACUGAUAGCUGAAAUACUGAAGCUGAAACACUGGACGACACGCAGCCCUGCGCUUUUUCAAUGUCCACAUACUACUGUAGUGCUGUAGUUGGACUCCUUUUCUACCUAUUUGUUUUUAUUUUUAUCAUGAAAGCUUUGGCAGUAGUAUGUUUCAUUAUAGUAAACAAUUUGUUAGAAUUUGUAGUAAUAAGUGUACAGCGUAGUGUAACAAGCCAAAUAUAUUGAGCCAUUGGGAAGAGAAUCUCCAAGCAUGUGUUUUUGUUUUAGAAGUAUUCAUUUAAAAAGUUUGAUAUUC